GCAUGUGUCUGGACAUUACGGCACCAUACGCGAAUAUAUUUUGUAUUAAUGGCAUUUAUUUUCUGUGGGAAACAUAAACACAGUAGCUUCAACAUGCAUCCCUGAAUCAUUUACAAUAGAAUAAAAAGGUGAUAUUCAGAUAUUAACUUUUCAACAACAUUCCCCAAAUCGAAAAGAAGGCAUAUUGAGAGAUGAAUGAAAUGGUAAUUUGAUUCUUGUAUGUAUAAGUUUUAUUGUAUUCGAUUUGUUGUUGGUGAGUGUUCGAUGUUGAGAAUAGGAAAGUUGAAUGAUGUGGAGGCGAGAGUGUGUUUGAUAGAGCAAUGGUUUUUCCUCCGAAGAUUGUCUCUGUGGUCGAUGAAGAAGGAAGCAGAGUUAGAAUCGGCACUCUCACGCAAUCGACGAUGGGUAGUGAACAACCAGAUAAAGAACAUCAUCCUCCGCUACCCCAACAACGAAAUCCCCAUCGAAACCCUUCAGAAGAAGUUCAAAACCCUCGAUCUGCAGGGCAAAGCCCUCAACUGGCUCUCUAAGUACCCAUGCUGCUUCCAAAUCCACGAUAACCGCUGCCGCCUCACCAAACGCAUGAUGAACCUUGUCGCACAGGAACACUCCCUCAUCGACUCCCUCCAAUCCCUCUUCGCUCGCCGCUUGGCCAAACUUCUCAUGCUAACCCCCCGCAACAGACUCACCGUCCUCAAAAUCAACGAAUUCAAACGCGCGUUCGGCUUCCCCGACGAUUACGUAAUCAGGAUCCUUCCCAGCUACCCUAAUUUGUUCCGUAUCGUCAACGAGAGCGGCAGGAGGAGCUCCAUGGCCAUUGAGUUGCUGCAUUGGGACGCUGACCUCGCAGUCUCCGCCGUUGAAUCCUCCGCUGCGAAACACGGUUUGGUGGAGGGAUCCAAGGAGAUGGAGAAGAGGAAUGUUGGUUUGGUGCAUGAGUUGUUGUCUUUGACUCUUUGGAAGAAGGCUUCAAUUGUGAAGUUGGGGCAUUUUAGGAGGGAGUUCCUUUUGCCCGAUAGGUUGAAUGUGUUGUUGCUCAAGCACCCUGGGAUUUUCUAUGUUUCCAAUAAGUAUCAGAUUUACACUGUGCUUCUUAGGGAGGCCUAUGUCGGGUCUCAGCUUGUGGAUAAGGAUCCUUUGGUAGUUAUGAAGGAGAAGUUUGGGGAGUUGAUGCAGGAGGGACUUCAUGAAUACAAUCAGAGGCGUCGCCUCCUCAAUGUGGAAAAGAGGAGGAAGUUAGGGGUUCCAUUGAUUAGUGUAGAUGGUGCAAAGGGUAGAAGGAGAAGUCACGAAGUUGAUGAUGAUGACGAUGGUGACAGUAAAGGUGGAGAUAGUAAGGUGGGAGGGUUAUUUGACCCUGAAGAAAGAAAACGGUUUUAUAGAGUUCUCUUUGACGAUGAUGUUUCUUGAAAUUCUACCUUGGUGUAUAGAUUGUGCGUUUGAUUUGCGUAGUUUACUGCAUGGAUAACAGUUGCAUCCUUCCAAUAGUAGAUUCAGAAUAAAAGAUACUAAAGGCUAACAUUUUCCUAAAAGUACGUUCAACAUAGUUAUUCAAUCAUGCUCUUAGAUAUUCUACCUUCUUUUCCAGUAAAUAAUUGCAUACCACAUUAUCCAAAAUGAACUGUGGGCAGAAUGAUCUACAAACACUUACUCUCUGUAGGUUGUAAGCUGUUUAAGCCGUUAAUGGCCUGUACUACACUUAUCCACCGAAUACAUCAAGUCUUAACCUGAAUUCUUUCUGUACUAGAUUCUCAUUAAAGAAAUGGUAAGCUGCAGUUGCCAUUUUGUCAAUGCUUCUUUCAUUCUCAGUAGGUUCAUUUUUUUCAUGUUUUGGUUCUCCGUUGUCUUGCACUAGUUUUUGUAACCUAGGUGCAACUUGUAUAAUAUAAAACAGUUUGUAUGUCUUGACAUCUAUUUAAAAACAGAGGGGACAAUGAAGAUACUGUUCUGUGUGUGAA